AGGAGGGAUGUUAGUAACCAGUUGUAAGGUAUAGGACUUCAGUUCCACACUAGAAACAUGAGAUUCUAGUUGGGGUUUUCUCCAACUAGAAAGGCUAUCUUUUGUGGUAUGGUUCGUCCAAGGUUCUGACUUCUGGUCAAGAUUGAACUGAAAAUUCUGAGCAAAUUUAGGUGGACGGGUUGAUGUGAAUAGGUCUUAGUCCACAUUUGGAAGAAUUUAUUUGCGUUUAUAAUAUAACAUAAACAUUUAUCUUGUUUGGGUAAACAUAUAAAAAUAGUUUAUGACAUACCUAUAAGUCAUCUUAAGCUUAUUUCCAUAACCUGCUCAAAUUAGUGUAUGACCUACCUGCUCAUUUUUAGUUUAUUUUAAGCUUCUCAUUAGCAUUUAAUUAUGUUGUUUACCCGAAUACACUCUUAUUUUGAGAUUUUUUGAGAAAUCAUUUCCACUUCUCAUUGUUGGAGCCGGCAGUAUUAAUCCUUUAUUUUUGUGAUGAUGAGGGAUUGUUGGAAUUGAAAAUGGUUAGAUUCUGCUGGAUUUGACUCUAGUGCAAACUUUGCACUAUGCUGACCAACUUCUUACCAAUCAAAUGGUCACAAUAGAAUCAGUGUACUUUUCUACAAGCAUUUAAUUCCACAGCAUAAAGCAAGACUUUUACUGCAAUCCACAAAAGAAAAGGACAAAAAUAAGGAAACCACUCUGGCACCCUUCUCCAAAGGAGAGUUAUAUAAAGUUCAAAUGGGAUAUAAUGUGGCACUUUGACUUAUGAAAAGUAAUAUUAAGAUGGAGCUUGAAUUAGAAAAGUAGUUUAAUAAAAUUAUGCUUAAAUUGACACAAUACAACAGAAGUCCUCAAAGCAACAUAGGUCUGUUACAGCAAAAUACACAUUCAGGCAUUCAGCACUCCCUGCUGAAAUAAUUUCAGUAGUAAAAAACAAAACAAAAUGAAGCUCCAAGUGAAACUAGUAAACCGAAAGUCAUCAAAUGCGUAGAACAUUUGACACAGGGUUGUUCUAGCUUAAGCUAUAGUUAUAUACAAAAUACACUCUGCAGUCUGCAGUCUGCAGUCUGCAUGAUGCCAUAAGCAUUAUUGCAUUAGAUUAAUUUGUUUCCAUCAUUCACGCAUGAAAUUUUGGACACUUUCCAUGUACAGGUUGGGUUGGUUUGUGACAGUAAAAAAAGAGAGUUCAUUGAACUUUAAGUGUAUUAAAAAGCUUAAUGGUAUGUAUUUUCAGUUAAUUUGUCUCCUGUGAUAUGUUGUUUCUCUGCUGGAUACUAUCAGAUUGCAUGAUUUGAUUUCGAGAACUGUUGAUGCACAUGAAAGGGUAAUGAAUCUCUUGUUGGACUAUUUUCAUAUAUGGGUCUCUAUCACGAUGGACCAAGGAGACCCACUACACAUAGUUGGAUUUGGGACUGAUGAGACAACUCUUAUAUCCGUCCUAGCACAUAGAAAUGAAGCUCAAAGGAAGCUUGUGAGGCUUGCUUAUGAAGAAAUUUACCAUCAGGAUCUUAUCCAACAACUCAAAUCUGAACUUUCAGGAAACUUUGAGAGAGCUAUUUGCUAUUGGACAAUGGAUUCAGCUGAAAGAGAUGCUGCACUUAUUAAUGAAGAAUUAAAGAAGGCAACACCAGAUUACAAAGUAAUAAUUGAGAUUGCUUGCACAAGAACUUCAGAGGAGCUUCUGGCUGUGAAGCGUUCAUACCAGCUUUUAUACAAGCAUUGCCUUGAAGAAGAUGUGACCUCUCAAACAAUUGGUGAUAUUCGGAAAUUGUUGGUUGCAGUUAUAAGCACCUACAGGUAUGAGGGAGAUGAAUUUGAUGAGAAUGUGGCCAAUUCAGAAGCAAACAUGCUUCAUCAAUUGAUUGAAAAGAAGGCUUUUAACGAUGAUGAAAUCAUUAGAAUCUUUAGCACAAGAAGCAAGAAGCAGCUCUGUGUGACUUUCAAUACAUUAAAAAACAUACAUGGGACAACAAUUAUCAAGGGAUUAUCAGCGACUCCAAUUGAUGAAUACCUCGGAGCAUUGCGUACCACCAUUCGUUGCAUUAAGAACCCCCAGAGAUACUUUGCCAAGGUGUUAGGGAACGCCUUGGAUGAUUUGGCAACUGAAGACGAUGUUUUGAGCCGUGUUAUCAUCACACGUGCAGAGAAGGAUUUAAAGGAAGUCAAGGAUCUUUAUGCAAGGAGAUACAAUGUCACCCUUGAUGAAUUGGUGGCUAGGAAGACAUGGGGAAAUUACAAAACAUUCAUUCUAGAAUUGUUAGGAAACAACUGAGUUUGAGUGUCUGACUUUAGCAGGAUUCUUUAAGAAAUAAUGUUAUAUGAAGUUAUGACCCAAUAAACUCAUUGGCAUUUGCCAACACAAUAAUGUAGCUUAUCCACAUAUAGCAAGGAUUUUCAAGUUUUUGGCAUUUCAUCAAAAUACUUUCAUAUAUGUAUAUCUC